AUGGGUUUGCGUGAGGCUAACGCAGCGAAAGAUAUCAUUACUGGUACAUUUUCUAUAAACUCAGUUCUUUUUAAAGUUUUAUUUGAUUCUGGUGCAACAUAUUCUGUCAUUUCUAAAGUUAUGCUUCCAAAACUAUCGCAUUGUCUGAAAACUGUACAUGACAUAGAUAUUGUUAUAAAACUUACAACUAGGAGUAUAGUUCAUUGUACUAGGGUCUACAAGGAUGUUCCUAUAAAGAUUAAAGGUAAGGAAUUCCUAUCGAACUUGAUUGAAUUUGAACUAGGAGACCUUGAUAUAAUUCUUGGAAUGGAUUGGUUAUGUCGUUAUCAUGCUGAGAUUUGA